AUCCAGCGCCGCAUGUCGUGGCGUUACUGCCGCGGGAUUUCCAUUUUGGUGACACAAAAGCGCCGUGGGUACCCCUGCAGCAGCUCCCGUCCUCACCCCUCGCCACCUGGGCCCCGGGGGGGAAGCGGUGACUCGGCGGCGCCCCGGGGCCCGCCCUGCCCGGGCGCCGCCCGAGCGGCGAGGGGAUCUAGGACGCCUGCGGGCACCAGCCCCGGCGGCGCUACAAGUGGCCGCCGGGGGUGGCUUCGACUCCAGCUGCGGAUCCGCCGCGGCUUCCCUCCGCCCCGCACCCGCCUCCCGGCGACCCUCUCCGCUGCGCGGAGGAGCUGUGGGGCGCGUUGCGUAACGCUCCGUUCUGCUCUGCCGCGCGUUGCUCGGGGCGGCGAGGAGGCGAAGCAGGUCGCCGCGGCCGGAGUGAAAGAACAGAAAAUGAGGCUCCAAUGAGGUGACAUUGGUGACAAAAGAAGAACAAGAAUGAUUACAUAUCCAUAACUCCCAGCAGUAUGUCAGGGUAUAUACCCAGUUACUUAGACAAGGAUGAGCUGUGUGUAGUGUGUGGGGACAAAGCCACCGGAUACCAUUAUCGCUGCAUCACUUGCGAAGGUUGCAAGGGUUUUUUUAGAAGAACCAUUCAGAAAAAUCUCCAUCCAACCUAUUCCUGUAAAUAUGAAGGAAAAUGUGUGAUAGACAAAGUAACAAGGAAUCAGUGCCAGGAAUGCCGCUUCAAAAAAUGCAUCUUUGUUGGCAUGGCAACAGAUUUGGUGUUGGAUGACAGCAAGAGGUUGGCAAAGAGAAAACUGAUAGAAGAAAACCGAGAGAAGAGACGUCGGGAAGAGCUGCAGAAAACCAUUGGGCACAAACCGGAGCCAACAGAUGAGGAAUGGGAGCUCAUCAAAAUUGUGACUGAAGCACACAUGGCCACCAAUGCACAGGGAAGCCACUGGAAACAGAAAAGGAAAUUUCUGCCAGAAGAUAUUGGGCAGGCACCAAUAGUUAAUGCUCCAGAAGGUGGCAAAGUGGAUUUAGAAGCCUUCAGCCAGUUUACAAAAAUCAUCACACCAGCGAUUACCAGAGUGGUGGAUUUUGCCAAAAAGUUGCCUAUGUUUUGUGAGCUGCCAUGUGAAGACCAGAUCAUCCUUCUGAAAGGCUGCUGCAUGGAGAUAAUGUCCCUCCGAGCAGCGGUUCGCUAUGAUCCCGAGAGCGAGACUUUGACGCUGAAUGGGGAGAUGGCGGUGACAAGGGGCCAGCUGAAGAACGGGGGUCUCGGCGUGGUGUCCGAUGCCAUUUUUGACUUGGGCAUGUCUCUAUCUUCAUUUAACCUGGAUGACACCGAGGUUGCCCUUCUCCAGGCUGUCCUGCUCAUGUCGUCAGACCGCCCGGGCCUUGUUUGCAUCGAGAGGAUAGAAAAGUGCCAGGAGGGUUUCCUGCUGGCCUUUGAACACUACAUUAAUUACAGAAAACACCACGUUGCACACUUUUGGCCAAAACUGCUGAUGAAAGUGACAGACCUGCGAAUGAUUGGAGCCUGCCACGCCAGCCGCUUCCUGCACAUGAAGGUGGAGUGCCCCACGGAACUCUUCCCUCCGCUCUUCUUGGAAGUGUUUGAGGAUUAGAGAGACUGGAGCCGCUCUCCGCACCCCCGUGGCGCUGCUGGCUGUCUCUUGGUCCCCUUGCCCAGCGCCUCUCACCAGCUCUUCUUGUUCCCUGAGGGGCGGUGGGGCUUUUGGUUGGGUUCUCCCCGGGCGCCGCUGGGGGCAGUUGCAUACUCGUGGAUGAAAGCAUCUCUUCAAUGCGGGUACUUGUGGUUAUUGCCGUUCGUUACUCAGUUCUUCAAUGUGAAUGCUUUGACAGCUUAACAGUGCGAAUACAGACAGACCAGCCUCAUUCACCAGCACUUGCAUGGUCACCAGCUCACACUCAUAACUGCUUGGAAAGUACGGGGCAGAAAUGAAUAGUGGCAGGAAACGUAUUUGCCUCCAAGUUAAACCAGCUAUUGUUAUUUGAUCCUGGCAACUCUUGUCCAGUAUUACCUCAUUUUUCAGGGCACAAGUGACCAGUUAAUGAGAAGAAAUUCCUAAUCUUCAUGAUUGCUUCUUUUGUAACAGUCACCAUUAUGGUCUAGGAUCUUCAUCAUCAUCAUCCCAUCAUUUUCUGAGCGCUCCAGCAGCUACAGAUUAACUGUGCCCCAUAAAUCAUGUACUUAGUGCAGAGUGUUAGAAGGGACAGACUCUUUUUUUUCCAUGUGUAUAAGAAAGUAAAAUCCUUCAGUUCUUACUGCAUUUGAACUCCAGGUAACUUCACUGUGGAGUAAGGAGAGGAAUUUGGUCCUCUGAGGUGCUCUGCCUGAGAGUGGAGAGGUCUCCUGUCUCUGAGGUGUGUGGAGAGUUUGCCCCUCUGAGAGAAGAGGCUCUCUGGCAAGUCAGCAAGUUAUUCAGGGAUAUAAAUGCUCACAGAAUGAAGACAAGGAGAACACAAUAUACUGGGUGACUUUUGGGUGGGACAGAACCAACUGGGUUAUUAACAGCACUCAAGACUGUACAGCAGCUUUAUCCCAGUACUACAAAUAGUGUUGCUUGGCAGUGACAUUUUGGGUUUUAUAUAUAUAUAUAUAAAGUUUAUAUGCACGUAUAUAUAUAAUUUUAUAUAUAUAUAAUUACAGAUCUUCAGCAGAUGUCUUAAACAUAUGUCCAUGUUUUUGUCUCCUCUUCCCCUCUCGUGUGCAUGUGUGUGUUUCUGUGUGUUGAUCAGCCAGGUUGUCCCUCCUUGGUGUCAGUAUGUGUCUCGUUGGACUAGGUCCUCUCUUGAUUGACUGCAUUUAUUUCCACUGGCUGCACUAGCAGAAGCCAAGCUGAGCAGUGACAGGGUGGCCUGCUGCUGAGAUCAGCGCUCACAGUCCGCCAUGGUUGGAGGCCAGUGAUGAGGGUGUGUAGGUAGAGGUUCCUCUCUGGGGUGUCAUUCCUGGGUUUGACAACCUUGAUCCUCUGGAUUUGUACAACAUAUCACAAACAUUCUUCUGUUCUUCCUGGGAACCAGAGACGUGGUUCACACCUUUUGCUUUCUUUCCUGUUGUGUAUUCAUUUGUACCAGCUUCUUCCUCUGCUACUGGCAAGUCAGUGGGCAUUGCUAGGGUGGAUGUGUUGGCUUUCAAAGCUCAUGGCCUGUAUCUAAACCCAUAUGCUAUGUGUUUAUCCCCUCAUGAAAGCAUGGUACUCAGGAAAUCCUGUCUUGUAGGUGGAACACAGUGUCUGUGUGUCAGGGGUUACAUUUCCACUGCUCUUUCUCUACAUCAUUGAUAAACAUUGGAGUGCUGUGGGCUAUGUUUUCAGGGACAUGAAAUCUUGUUCUGAUACCACGUGCACCUGUGAUGACUUAGGAGCACUGAUGUUAUCACUUGGCAGUUUCUACCCAUGAUUUUGUGAGAACAUUAAAACACAAAGGGGGAUUCAGUGCUGUUUUGCAGGUAGCAAGGAAGACAGGCCAUUGGGAAUUUGUAUUUCAAUGUCUGCUGAAGUUGAAGGACAUUUAUGGUGGCCUGUGUUUGCUCCAGCUCAAAGCAAAAGUGUUAACAUCAGUCUCUAUCCAAAUUCCUUGAGGAGCACUAUGUCUUGGGGACAAGCAGUUGGAAACUUUCUUUUCAAAAGAGGCCAGACAGCAUGGUGAGCCCAGAUGUACUCGUGUAGAAUCUCAGGGGAGCAGCGUCCACAGCCAGUGAAGAGUGGUAGAUAUCUGAUGCCCAAUGCCUUGCUUGCAUCUAUACCCAGAAUGGCUUGCAAAGGCAAGAGAGAUGUGCAUGUCUUUUGGAGUCUUGUUCUGACACAGAUAUGAGUAUGGAAUCCUGAAGCCAGCGCACGUGUCUCAUCUGUUAGCUAACUGUAAGCUUGAGUUAACAUACAAGCUUUUGAUUGUGCUGCACCAGCGAGACCCUGGAGUAAAAAUGCUACAUUUCUUCUAGUAGUAUUCACAGUGAUCUUGCUGCAAGGUCCAUAAUGCUUCAUGUGUUUGUCAGAUCUUCAGCUCUUGGAGCUGUGCUGAUGCUUGAGAGGUUUGGUCUGUCGUUGGGUCAGCAAUUCCUACCCUUUGAGCUACAAAGAAAAUCAAUAGCCUCAAUGUUCCUUAUUUAGGUGGAAGACAUUACCUGACAGUGACCUAACUUGUAACUAUUAGGGCCCUCAUAACUGGCUUUUGAACCCUUGAGAUUGCCAGGACUGCAUUAAUGAAAAUCAGUAACACUCAGAGGUUAGGAAAAACAACCAUGAGAGUUGCUGGAUUGACCUGGGGAAGCAGCAGGAGGUGAAAGACCUUGAAGCGCCCCAGCCAGGCCUGCAGUUUGAGGCAGCACUGAGAAUGAGCACUUUGCAUACUGGCCGUGGCAAAAAUUCACACAAGAACUUGCCCUCCAAGGUCUGCUGUGGUGAGGUACAAAGGUUUAAAAGGUUUAAACCAGCAGCCUGCAUAAGUGGGUGUCUGAAUUCAAGCCCAUGAGCUGCAUUUAGGCAUCCAGGCUCGUGGGGCCUCACUUCCCGAGAUGCUGAUGCAGUCUGGAGCUGUGCUUAAUCAGGGUUCAGAAUAUCAGGCCUCCUUCCUUAAGUGAUUGCAGAUGGACCAAAGUGCCUGAGAUUAGGCAACCAACUUCUGCCAGGUCUGGCAGUGCUGUGAGCAGAAAGGACAUGUGUCAGCAUUCUUUUCUGGCUGGUCAGAUGGAGCAGAAGUGUGGUACAGAUUAACAGGAGGUGUUACUAGUGUUCCUCAGUUGAACACUGAGGCCAAGCUCUUAGACAGGUUUGACGUAUUGACAUCUAAUGGCCUCUGAUCUCCUAACAGUCUUACUUUGUGUGACUCCCUCAGUACAACAUGAGAGCAAAACUAAAUCACAUGAGGAUGCUGUUGCAGACUCUUGCCAGUGGAUACUGACAUCCUGCUAAGACUUACUUUUUUUUACAUACUUAUUGUCUCAAGCUAUUGUAAGGUUGAGCCACUGGAUUUACCAUCUGAGUGGCAGACAUCAGUACUGCAGUCAGCUGCCUUUGUAGUUAAUUAACUGGCAUCGGGAGUGAGGAACAGAUGGGUUGCCCAGGUUGAGGCCCUAUGCCUGGAGGUGUUUAAGGCCAGGCUGGAAGAGGCUCUGGCCAGCCUGAUCUAGGGUAGGGUGUCCCUGCCUAUGGCAGGAGGGUUGGAACUGGAUGAUCCUUGUGGUCCCUUCCAACCCUGAUUGACUCUGUGAUUCUGUGCUGGUGCCACAUUACUCUCACGGUUGCUUUGUGAUCUACAUGUGGGUCUUACACGGAAGAUUGUUGCUGUCAAACCUGCUCGUUGCCAUGCCUGGCUUUGCCCUGUGUAACACGUGCAUUCAGAGAUCGCUUCCUGUGUAAUCGCAGCUCAGCUGUGCUGUUCAUAACGACACAGACAGUGUGUGGUAAUGGUUUUGUUUACAUUCUGCCAAAACAUAGGUGUUAGAGUUAGACCUGCAAGGUCCAAACUCGUCUUUGAUCAGACUGCUUGCUUCUGCAGAGGCAUGCAUCAAAAAGAGAGGAAAAACCUGUCCAGAAAGACCAUUUAUCUCCUGCGUCUGCCAGACAGGGCUGCGGAUCACGAGUGGAGCAUGUCAUCGCUAGUGAUGUAUUUCUGUGCUAUGGAACUCUAAUCUGUAUGUGUCAUAUUGACUUCUUGCUGCAUGAAUCACAGAUUAUAAACAUCAGUCUUACGGUUUUGAGACGUAGCCAGCAUUCCUAAGGCUAAACCUUUUUCACUGACAAAAUCAAAAUCCACAACCAAGGAACAUUCUCCUCUCACUGCGAGAGCGAUGGAAAGCGUUGGACGUUUACCUUUUCCCGAGGGAAGAGGUGACAGGACUUCUUCGUGUGACUUCUUACCCUGAUGCUCUGGGAACGAUUGCCAGAUGAUAUUUCCUUUUGAUAAAAGAAAGUGAUCCAUAUUUAAAUUUUAUAGAGAGAGUUUUAUUCUAGCGCGAUAGAGAUUUAUUUUCCACUGAAAAACUCAAACCAGUCUGAGCACAUUUUUUUUACUAUGGUCUAUAUUUUUGCUUUAAAAAAAAAAAAAAAAAAAAAAAAAAAAAAAACAAAGCCACAAAAAAAAAAAAAAAAAAGGUUUGGCCUUACCACAAAGUUCUACUGUGUUGUAUAGAUGUUAGCAAACGCAGAGUAGGCAUUACUUGUGUGUAUCCACAUUGACUGACGUCGCCUUCGGAAAGCAAUAUUGUGCAGGUAAUAAGUUGUCUGUGACUGUCCAUUGCACAGUUUACCUUCUCUAAAAGUUAACCUUAUUUAUGCACAAGACAAUCAAACGUAACUCUACAUCAGCACCCAGGUGUGGGUUAAAGUUAUGUCAAUUACUGAGCACAAUGUAAAAAAAAAACCAGAUGAAGAGACACUUUAUUUAAUGACACAUUUAACCUUGGUAAAGAUAGCAUCAGGGCAUGAACUAGCUGGCGUACUGCCAUUUCGUUCUCUCCUCUCUUGCUUCAGUAGUGCUCUUCCAUUUUAGUUUGCUCAUAGAGACACCAAAUUAGCCAUUUGUCAGUUUGGGGAAGAGCAGGGCGGUCUGGGUGUCUGGUUUGUGGUUGGGAGGAGUCGUUACUUUGUCAGCUCUGCGGGGGUUUGCCGAUCUGGUUUAUUUCUUUGUAUCAGUGUCAUGCCCUGAGGAUAAGGCAAAUAUCACACACCACGCAGGAAAAAAAAGCAAAGUAGCUUGGAUGACGUCGGGUUUAUUUUUGGCAAACAGCGUUAAGAGUUAUGCUAGAUUGGUAAUAUUUUUUCAGCCUAAAGUACAUUACAAAUGAAACAAAUCUGUGAUCACAUCUGUUUUAAACUAUCUGAAGAGAAAGUUUGUAUAUUUGGGGGAAGAAAAUAAUUUUUACAUAGCUUUUGUAUGCAGAUAUUAAAAAUGUAAUUCUGACUCUAGUAGGCAAUAGAUGACUGUGUCAGCUUCAGUUCUGAAAACAAGAAAAAAGCUUCUACCCAAAAA